CUGUUAUUUACAGAAGAACCCAAUCUUAUCCGAGAAAUCGAAAGAGCAGAAGAAUUAGCAAAAGAGAGAAAACAAAAAUGGCGGUUCUCUGUUCGUCUUCGACAGUUAUACUCCCUUCUUCUUCGGUGAAACCUUCCGGAAGUGACAGGAAGUCACCGUUUCUAGGGUUCUCUUUAACGGCUAUCUCGAAGCCGUCGGUACGAGUCGGCAUUUACGCGAACGCGAAAAGGGGAUUGCAGGUGAAGUGCGAGGCGGAGCAGGCGACUACUUCUCUUGUUCCGGCGAAUCAGCGAUGGAUGUUCGACCAAGAAGAAGCAAAUGGCCCUGACAUCUGGAACACGACAUGGUAUCCAAAAGCUUCGGACCACGUGAACACGGACAAACCCUGGUUUGUGGUCGAUGCAACUGACAAAAUUCUUGGUAGAUUGGCAUCAACGAUUGCUAAUCACAUCCGUGGGAAGAACCUUGCCUCCUACACUCCUAGUGUCGACAUGGGAGCCUUUGUGAUCGUGGUGAACGCUGAGAAAGUAGCUGUAUCUGGAAAGAAGCGGAACCAAAAGCUGUACAGGAGGCAUUCAGGACGACCUGGUGGUAUGACAGUAGAAACAUUUGAUCAAUUGCAGCAGAGAAUUCCAGAAAGAAUCAUUGAGCAUGCUGUGCGUGGCAUGCUUCCAAAGGGACGGCUUGGAAGAGCUCUAUUCAAUCACCUGAAGGUGUACAAAGGCCCGGACCAUCCCCACGAGGCGCAGAAGCCGCUUGAUCUGCCUAUCAGGGACAAGAGAAUACAGCUGCAAAAAUAGAAACCCCAUGGAACAUCGACCAAGCUCCAGUGUUACCAUUAUCACCCAAGUGCAGAGAGUUUUUUGCUUCUCGGGUUGCUGUAGUUUCUACAGCUCAAAACCAGAGGAGGGCUUUACAGAUUCUUGUUUUCCAUUGCUUGCUACUAUCAACUCUAUGCUAUAAAGCUUUCUAUUGCGAAAUAUCUUUUAUUUAAUUUUU